AUGUCUUCGAACGACAAUCAUGAUAAAAUGGAAAUGAAAUAUAAAAGUUUAACUCAAUCAAGAAAAGAAUUGGAUGAACAAAAAAAUUUAAGCGAACCCAAUGAACUUACGGAAGAAUUUAAAAAAAAUGACAAUAUAAAAAGGCUUGAAAAUAAAAAUUGUUCUCUUGAUGAAAAUAUUUUACAAUUGAAAAACUUGUAUAAAAUGUUAGAAAGAAAUUAUGAUAACCUUAACAAAAAAUGCAUUGAUUUAAUGAACGACAAACUUCAAGUAGAAGGACUAACUGUGGCUAAACAAUUUUAUGAACAAAUUAUUAAAGAUUUAAAACAAAAAUUACAGAAAUUCGAAACUUAUGCUCAAAUAACAAACGAUCAAAUUAUCUUAAAUUUAAGAAAUAAUUUACAAGAUCAAUUGAACGAAAAAGAAAGGGUUAUUCGUGAACUUAAGCAAAAGCUCAACGAAGAAACAUCGAAAUAUCAAUCAGCACUUGAAACAAAAACACAUGACCCACCGAAUGAUAUUGCAACUUUACAAGAUCAAUUGAACGAAAAAGAAAAGGAUAUUCGUGACCUUGUGGAAAUAAACAGAGAGCUCAAAGAAGAGGCAUCGAAAUAUCAAUCAGCACUUGGAGCUGCGACAAAUGUUCGUUUAGGUAACGAUGAUCAAAAUCAUUCAGUUCAACUUAAGCAAGAUAUAUUAGAUCUACAGCGAACAUUGGAACAUUAUGUUACAAACUUGAAAGAACAAAACUCGAACAAACGACUUAUUAAGGCAAUUUUACAACGUGAAGUGUUAGAACAAAUUUUCAACUUUUCAAUUAAAUAUGGAUUCUAUAAAGACGAAAAUUAUUCAUUAGAAACUGAUAUCGAUUCAAAAGCACAAGAAUUGCUGUUGUUGAUAAAAAAUUUCUCAGAAACUCGCGUUGGAACCGAUGAAGUUUCUAACGUUGCAACAAUAAAGAUACGUCAACAAAUUUACAGAAUUCUUGGUAACCGCGGAUUUUCCGAUAUUAUUUCUCCACAAGAUAAAAGUAUUAGCUCUCAUAAUUUCAUUCAUAUUUUCAGCCACGUUUUGAAUGAAAAGAUUAAUAAAUAUCGUCAAAUAAAUGAUAUAGAAAAGAAGAAAGAAGUGGAAAAACUGGCACAACAACUUAUUCGUGAUGUGUGCAGGAUAUUUUGGUUUCGUUUUUUGGUACAGGAACCGGAGCUACAAAAUAAAUUUAUUGAAAGUAAUACUCUGAUUAAUCCAGAUUUAAUGGAUGGGAAUUGGGAAGAUGUUCAACUCGAGAAAAUCUGUGUGGGUCUUUGUUAUUUUCCUUUGGUAGGAAGGGAUUUGAAUUCAAAUUCAAAUUAUAAAGUAAUUACACCUGCCAAGAUUAUUGCGCGUUCAAUCGAUUAA